AUGACCUCUUUCGGCGUUAAUGCCUUCCGCGAAGUCGGUUGGAAUCCCACCUUCAAGGUUCAAGGUCAAGUUUUCCACCGGAUUGGGUCUCUUUUGCCGGAAACUGCCACUGAUUUGGCCUUUCUACAAAUAUACUUCAUUGCUGACAACAAUCAACAGGCAGAUGCCCGCAUAGGCAUUAUUCCCGAGAACGAUUCAAGCCAGCACAAUCAUCCUCGCAGGGAUAUCAUAAUGAUUCUCCAACAAAUGCUCCACGAGACAAACAGCUAUGUCCGCAGUUUUAAGUAUGCUCUCGAAAAUAAAACUUCUUCUGAUUUCAUUAUUGUAAUUGAUGCUGACAAACGGCCUCAGGGAGAGCACGAACGUCGUUACAAUUCUCCCGCAAGUAACGAAUUUUCCGUCAUUGUCAGCGGUGAUCAGCACAACAGACGUGACAUUGUUAUCGAAUCGCGCGGCAGUGGGCUCCGAAGAAUCAGUGAAACGCACCGGUCCUACGAUGCAAUGCAAUACCCACUUCUCUUCCCUGACGGAGAAGAUGGGUACCACUUUGGCAUUCUGCAAAAUGGGUCCACCUUAAAAACAGUGUCUUGCAGGGCUUUCUACGCCUACCUAUUGAUGGUACAUGAGGGUGCAUUCAAUCAUCUUCAUCGAAGCCGGCAACUUUUCUAUCAAUUCAUAGUAGACAUGGCUGCUAAGAUGGAAUCCGAAAGACUUUGUUACAUUAGAUUGAAUCAGACCAAGUUCUGCUGCGACUCUUACAUUCACUUCCAUGAUGCUUUACGAAAUGACGCUGAUCCACCCAAUGCAAGAUGUGCAUAUUACCUGCAAUGUUCACAGGCAGUCCACAAUACAUGCACGCGAGGACGCAAGACGCGAUGA